AUGCACCGGUUCUGGCAAGUCGAGGAGGUUCCGGACGUUCCCAAGCUAUCGACCGAGGAAGCAGCAUGCGAAGCCCACUUCCUUUCCACCUGCCAACGUGACGAAACUGGAAGAUUCAUCGUGAAACUGCCGUUCAAGGACAAUCUUCUCCAAUUGGAUAACUGUCGCAGUCUAGCUUUGAAAAGAUUCCUGAUUUUGGAGAAGCGAUUAAUCCGCAAUCCCGAGCUGCAGGCUCAGUACGUGAACUUCAUCCGGGAGUACGAAGCUCUCGGCCACUGCACCGAGAUCAACGAGUCUGAAGAUCCACCCAACAAGCAAACCUACUAUUUGCCGCAUCAUGCAGUGUUACGUCCGUCCAGCUCGAGUACGAAAUGUCGAGUCGUGUUCGACGCAAGUGCAAAGUUGUCGCCAUCGGAACUCUCCCUGAACGAUGUACUGCAAGUUGCCAUCACCGGAGACAUCUCUAAAAUGUACCGUCAAAUACUCAAAGCCCUGUUGGAUCGUAGUUUCCUUCGAAUCUUUUAUAAAGAGCACCCAUCGUUACCCCUACAAGUCAAGGAACUCUGUACCGUUACGUACGGUACGGCAUCGGUACCAUAUCAAGCAACCAGGUGUUUGCUGAAGCUCGUCGAAGAGGAUGGUGAGGACUUUCCUGUCGCCGCUCGUAUUGUGAAAGAAGAAACGUACAUGGACGAUGUACUCUCCGGUGCAGACUCGGUGGAGGACGCUAUCGAGGCUCAACAACAGCUGAAGCAGCUCCUUGGACAAGGAGGUUUCCCCAUUCACAAGUGGUGCUCAAAUUCACCGGAAUUCCUAGAGCAUAUUCCCGUGGAGGAUCAAGAAAAAAGGAUCACGUUGGAAGAGCAUGGAGUGAAUGAAGCCAUCAAGGUGCUUGGUUUACUCUGGGAUCCCUCUGCAGACUCGAUACUCAUAGCCUAUCGUCCAAACCCAACAUUGCAUUCGCAAUGGCCCACAAAAAGAACGAUGUACUCCGAGAUCGCCAAGUUUUUUGACCCCCUGGGACUGGUUUCACCGGUCAUUGUUUUGGCGAAGCUUCUAGCGCAGAAAUUGUGGCAGCUUAAGUCCGGGUGGGACGACCUGGUUGACGAAGACAUCGCACAGCAGUGA